UUCAACUAACCAUAUCUCUUUACACAGCUGCCGGGCGGGAUUUCCGCAAUAGCUAAUAACAUGGCGAAGACUUACGAUUACUUGUUCAAAUUACUGUUAAUCGGCGAUUCUGGCGUCGGAAAGACUUGCGUGUUGUUCAGAUUUUCAGAAGAUGCGUUUAACUCAACGUUUAUCUCGACAAUAGGUAUUGAUUUCAAAAUUAGAACAAUAGAACUAGAUGGGAAGAAGAUCAAGCUACAGAUAUGGGACACAGCUGGCCAGGAGCGGUUUCGAACAAUCACAACGGCAUAUUACAGAGGAGCCAUGGGCAUCAUGUUAGUCUUCGACAUCACCAACGAGAAGUCAUUUGAAAACAUCAAGAACUGGAUAAGGAAUAUAGAGGAGCAUGCCUCUGCAGAUGUGGAGAAGAUGGUGCUGGGCAACAAGUGUGACGUCAAUGACAAGCGACAGGUGUCCAAAGACAGAGGGGAGAAGUUAGCGUUGGAGUACGGUAUUAAGUUUAUGGAGACCAGUGCAAAGGCCAACAUCAACGUGGAGAAUGCAUUUAUGACCCUUGCCAGAGACAUCAAGGCGAAAAUGGACAAGAAACUGGAGGGCAACAGUCCUCAGGGCAGCAGUCAGGGGGUGAAGAUCACAGAGCAGCCCAAGAAGAGCAGUUUCUUCCGCUGCACGCUCCUGUGAGGACCACGGCCUUCUCAUUGUCCACAGCUGGACAGAACUGGACUGAGCUUGCUCAGAGCUCUCCUCUCUUUCGCCCUGUUCUCAUCCCUUUCUCAUUCCCCAUAUCCCAGGCCUCUGGGUUUUGAGCUUUUUUUUUCCUGAUUCACCAUGUGUCCCCCAGUUUAAAAACGGAUGUAUUCAUUGGUCAGGUGGAUCAAUCAGUUGCUCAAUCAGGGUUGUUAGAUGGAGAUCUCUAUACCGGGCACUCCUCAUGCUCUUAUAUCGUUUCUCAUAAUUAUACUUAGGCUUCUGCUCCCCCCUCUCCUCUCUUUGUCUUAUGCAACUGGUAUUGUUACAGGUACUUCAUGUUGCUAUGUGGUUGCACUGCUGCCAAAGUUGAUCCUGAGUGAGUUUUUUUUUUCUUCUCAACAUGAAUUAACCUUAAAAGCAGUGGCUUAUUUCCAUGAUAAGACUAGUUAACCAUCAAAUGCAUCUGACGUCUUCUGUCAGAGUUGCCUUCUGUGUCAUCUAGCUACUACUAUGGAGAUCUAUGCUUCCUUGUUUUUUCCUUUCUCAAAUGAGUGAUUCUCUCUAUUCUACCUUGACAUUACUCAUUUGCCAUCCAAGAAAGACACUUAUGUUCUUAAGAUAAUACCUAGAAGAAUUCUGAAGUCUUACCAUGUUAAUAGUGAAGACGUGUGAGGUGAGGACAGUGGGAAGGUAGGCCCCUAAAUGGCAGGCAAUCCAAGAAAUAAGAUGAGUAGGUGGCCAGUACGUUGUAAUAAACUUUAGUGAACUGUUAACAGAAAUAUAUACAUAUUGGAGCAGAUCGGCAUUGUACUUGAGGAUGCACAACUGCAAUGCGUUUUGACGCUGACUGUAGAGAAGUCAAAACGCGUUGCAGUUGUGCGUCCUCAUGUACAAUGCCGAUCUGCUCCAAUAUGUAUAUAUUUCUGUUAACAGUUCACUAAAAUGUAUUGCAAUGUACUGGCUGCCUAAUCAUGAUUAUUUUUUUUCAAUAGUGGACAUUCCAUCUUAGACAUACCUAAAAAAUAAAAUAAAAAGACCUGUGUUCAUCAUUUUACAUGUACUCUAUCGUUAUGCAGUUCCAAUUUGUUUCCUGCGCAAGGUUUAUCAACCAUAUUUGAGUGGUAAAACAAUUCUGUGCCGAUAUCUGCACAUUUUGAUUGCACUUUAGUAAUGAAAUUGGCUUCACUGCUUAACAUUUGCAAAAGCAUGUCUUAUUCUGUUAGCUUGUAUAGGAAUAUGUCAGUGUUCUUUAGAACUAUUACAUUCCGGAACUUCCAGUGGCUGUCAGUUGAAAUCUGUUCCACAGUAACAUCAGUCUAGUUGGAGCACAAUUCAUUUCCUAACAAUUGAGUUGCAUAAAUUGCCCACAACUUUGGUUUUGGCAUUCGAAAUGUGUUUUAAUAUUAAACCACUCCACAAAAUGUUUUCUUUGCCCCAAUUAUGAAUAUUGUGUGUGAUGUGGAGACCACUGAAACGGAGAGAAUCUUUUGGGUGGUAAUAAUCACUUUGUCAUGGAUUAUAAUUAUUUUUUUAAGUCAUGUCUUAGGCAACCUUUUCAAAUGCCAACCUCAACCUAUUCCUUAUUUGUUUACUGGUUGUUAAAUUGUGAUACUGUAAUACCAUUCGGGUUUAGUUGUGUGGCCUUUUGUGUCUUUCUAAGCCUGUUUUAAUGCUGCUGUUGUCAGUAUUUGUGGCAGAAAAUAAGUGACAAUGGCGCAAAUAUUAGUCUGCCUUGUAGUUGUUUUGUAGGCCUAUAGUCCAUUCCAACUAAAGUACAUGUUAUGGUUAUAAGAACUCAAUUGAGUAACGUCAACCUACUGUAUUGAGAAUAUUUGAAAUACAAUAUGCAAUGACAGUCCAUUUCACUAGAGAACCACUCCUGCAGCUUUUUUUUAGUUGAGGAUAGUAGCUAUAUGUUUUCCUAAUACUUGCUGCUUUGAAACUGAAGAGACCCACAUUUUGGUGUUGAUAAUUACUAUUCAUGUGCCAGUAUUAAGACAAUCUAAUUCUGGGUGUUUUGGGUUUGAUUUAAUGUUGCAGUUUUACAUUGAAUGCAUUGGCAUCAGUACUUUAUCUAAGCACUAGGGGGCAAUGUAGUGACAUGGCAAUGGACUAAAAUGUCACAAGCAACGAUCAAGAGGACAUGUAGUCAGUAUUUUCAGUGAAACAACAUCCAAAUAUGAAAGUGCCCUUGUAGAAACCCUUGCCAGAGUUGAAAUAUUCUUCCAGUCCCUAUCCUCAAGACUUAAUCAUAGUUUCAGUGAUUUUUAGUCCGUUAUAGGGUGACAAUGUUAAAUGGAUGCCUGGAGGAAAGUAGCUUUGCUUAUUGGAGUUUGCGUUUCGGUUUCGUUCUCCUUCCUUGCUUGCCCUUCCCUCUGAAUUUGCCACUGUCCAUGACAGCGUGUCUUAUUUUCACCUAAUACUUGAUAUCAUGGUCUUUGCAACUAUGCAUCAUGAGGCUGUAGGUCCUCUUGAGGGUUUGCACAUUUGACUUGAAGAGCUUUUCUUUGAUAUUAGACAUGUGCAAAGGAUCAUUAUUGCAUUGCUUUCUGUUCUCUUUAUACUUUGUCACUCCCAUCAUUCCCAUUCAAUCCGUCUUAAUGUGGAACUUGCAUUCCAUUUGUCAACACAAACAUUUCUAGGAAAUUGAGCACAUAUUAAAUCACAGCAAAAGGAAACGACUUCCCCCUGAUUUUGCACAGGUCUUAUCUUUACUUGUGACCAAGUAAAUUGUAUUUAGAAAUACUGUAUUAUUUUGCAGAUGAGCUUUUUAUGUCCUCUUGUGUAGAACAUCACGAGUGGCAGUCAGUUUGCUGAACCGCUGUGUAUGUUCAGGACCUUGUAUAGGUCUGGCAAAUGUUUAUUCAGAAUAGCAAUUAUGACGGUUUCGUUUCCUUUUGGUGGAACUAUUUGUACAUCUUUUUCAGUUCAUAAAUCAUUCCAGCAUUCCAUGUUCAAGACCAUUUGGAUUUCAUAGAUAACUAUGGAAAAUGGGGGAGAAAUGGCAUUUAGAAAACAAUUGUAAAUAAGAAAGAUCUAAAAUGAUUGUACUGUACUUUCAUAAAUAUUACUGAAUUGAUCUACACCUUUUGUAGAUGUGUACUUUUGAUGAUUUAUUAAAAUGAUUAUUUUAAAACUU